CCGCCCUCCCGCGGCUUGUCCUUUCGAGAUCUGGCCCCGGGAAAGCCGCCUGCUCACCUGGUCAGCAUCCGCAGCAAACAUGACCUUCUUUGACGGCAUCUACCCCUUCUACCCCCAGUCCAAGAAGCCCUUCGUCUUUGAUGUGGACCUCAUCAUUGUCAUCAUUGUCUUCCUGGUCAUCGCCUUCAGCUUCUUGCUUAUCCUGCCUGGAAUCCGAGGCAGAGCGAGGCUGUAUUGGCUUGUUCGGGUCAUCUCAAGCCUCUUUAUUGGAGGAGUGAUUGUUGCUGUUCACUUCUCCUCUGACUGGCAAACCGGGAAAGUGGCAGCCAACACCACCUACAAGUCCUUCAGCUCCGCCAUGGUCCAUGCUGACAUUGGACUGCAUGUUGGCUUGUCGGGAGUCAACAUCACUCUGGUUGGGAAACCCGUGGAGCAGCUCAACGAAACCAUCAAUUAUAACGAAGAGUUCUCUUGGAGGUUCGGGACCGACUACAACAAACAGUUUGAAGAGGGGCUGCAGCGGGGGUUGCCCAGGCCCAUCCUGUACGUGGCCGAGAAGUUCACCGACCACAGCCCCUGCGGCUUGAACAAGGACUACCGCAUAGCGGGUCACUACGCAUCGGCAACUCUCUGGGUGGCCUUCUGUGCGUGGCUCAUCUCCAACAUGCUCUUCUCCAUGCCGGUCCCGGUUUAUGGCGGCUUCAUGCUUCUCGUCACGGGAGCCUUCCUCAUCUUCGCGCUCCUGUCCUUCUCCACGGGGAGGAACGCCUGGUGUGCCAUCCAGUUUGGGUUGGCAUCCCUGCAGCUGGCCUACGGGGCAUCCUUCUGGCUCACUCUGGCCGCCGGCCUCUUCUGCUUCCUUGUUGGCUUUGUGGUGAUUGCCCUGCACUUUAUCCAGCCCAACCUUCUGAAAGCGUUCUUUGACCUGGCUGAGGAUGAAGAGGAUGAUGAAGGCAUCCUGGGCGAGGUGUACGUCAACCCCUACUUCCACCAGACCCAGACGCUUUCUUCUCAGCCCGAUUUCAAACUGACCUUCAAGAACAGCUAAAGCCAGACUUGACCCUGGGACUUGCUUGAAAGGGCUCUUUCAAGAAGGACAUGGAAGUCGCGAUGUCCUGGCCAAGCCGCUGAGAAGUAAUGAGGCCCUCUUGCGAACUGACGUCAAACGUGGCCACUUGGUGCCAUCGUAGGCUUUUGAUAGGACAACCUCAUGAAUGCAUUGUUUGGGUCCAAAGAACACUCAGGAAACGCUUCUCUCGAAGGAUCUGGUGCCGAUGCCAGCCACCCCAGGAAAGGAGUGGUGCCAGGAAGAGAGAUGGUCCUAAUGUUAGCAGGAGGGGAGUACUCACAGUAGACCCCAUUGGGGUGGUGGCACCCUGUUUGCUAGGGUUCCUCUUGGCUGCCACUCAGGGCCUUUCGUAUCAUUAGAUAGAGAGAGAAGCAAAUGCUUUGGCAGAUAGCAAAAGGGGAAGGAAGAUAUGGAUGCCAUGUACAGUGGGCAACCUGCCCUUGGCUUGGGGCACUCAGGAGCCCUGGAAGAUGCUGUCCUGUCCCAACAAAACUCUGAUCCAAACUUACCAGGGAGCUUCUGUAGCUUGGUCUCAAGGCUGGUUCUGUUGGAUGGAGAUCCUUUCUCGUGCCAUGGACCCAACUGAAUAUUUAUUUUAUUUGACUUAGCUGACUCUGAGAGGCUUUGGAGCAUACACAACCAACACAUCAAUAAGCAAUAAAAAAAAAGUGAGGGAGCAGAAAUGUUUAAUGGAAGGAAGCUAUUUCAUCUUUACAAAGUGGUCUCCAGCCAAAGGCCUUUGUCAAUCGGCUUCAUGUUAUUGGAAGGCACCAUAGAUGUAGAAAAGAAACCCCCCAAUCAUGCCUGUACAUCUGCAGAUUACCUUAGCCUACAUUUUAGGUUUUUCUCUUCAGUAUCUGGCUUAGCAAGGGACGCGGUGGCUCAGUGGCUAAGAUGCCGAGCUUGUCGAUGGAAAGGUCGGCAGUUCAGCGGUUCGAAUCCCUAGUGCCGCGUAAGGGGGUGAGCUCCCGUGACUUGUCCCAGCUUCUGCCAACCUAGCAGUUCGAAAGCACGUAAAAAAUGCAAGUAGAAAAAUAGGGACCACCUUUGGUGGGAAGGGAACAGCGUUCCAUGCCCCUUUGGCAUUGAGUCAUGCCGGCCACAUGAUCACGGAGACGUCUUCAGACAGCGCUGGCUCUUCGGCUUUGAAACGGAGAUGAGCACCGCCCCUUAGAGUCUGGAAUGACUAGCACAUAUAUGCGAGGGGAACCUUUACCUUUUACCUUAUCUGGCUUAGCAGAUAGUGUGGAGGCAACAUACUGUACAUGUUGGAGCUGAAUCCUCCUUCUCUUCCUUAGGAGCUAAGCAUUCUAGCCACAAACAGAAGAUUUGGAGUUGAGGGCUGGGUUAAAUAUUCAUCGCGAAGCAUUAGCAACAUGUACCUUUGGAGGAAUAUCAUGCUUGAUUACGAUCCCUGUUUUAUUCUGUUAAAAGUCUUUCUAGGUGCCUCCAAGCAGAGUGUCCUGGCUCCCAGUCAGGUGGGCUUUUCAAGCUACCUAUGGGGUAACUACACACCUCUCUGGCUGUUGUAGCUAAUCUUGUGUUCUUCUGGGCUGAGCACAGCUCCCCUAGGAAGCACUUAGGAAGCAGAUAAGGUACCUUAGGCAAUUUCGUCACAGACCUGGGUGUAGCUUUUGUUGUGUUUUGCCAACAGCAUUGUACUGUAGAUAUAUUAUUUAUUAAUAAAAUUCUGGAAAC